AUGUCCAGCCGCAGCGGGAUCGGCGAGCUUGUGCGACAAGUCUCCUCAUCGAUGGGCUUGCCUGAGGGACAGAAGGUGGAGGAUAUGCAGCCAGAGCAGCUUUGCGCCUUGCUGAAAAGCGAUGCAGCACAUGGGCUCGGCUCCAGCAAAGCAGCUGCACGGUUGAAGAAGGAUGGCCCCAACCAGCUUGAGCAAGAGCCCCGGCUCGGGCUCUUCAUGCUCUUCAUCCUCCAGCUCACGAGCUUCAUUAUCAUCUUGCUCAUCAUCGCCGCCAUCGCUUCCAUCGUCGUCAAUGCCACCAACGAGGGCAAGCGUGCCGGAGAUGAAAUCCUGUCCUACACCACCGGGAUGGCAAUCUUCAUCUUGGUCCUUUUGAAUGCUGGCAUCGCGGCCUACACGGAGCACCAAGCUGGCAAUGCCCUGGACGCCUUGGCGAAGCUGUCGCAGCCAGAGGUGUCCGUGCUCCGAGAUGGCGAGGUCAUGAGCAUUCCAACGGUGGACGUCGUGAAGGGCGACGUGGUGCUCUUGGAGACUGGCGACGUGGUCCCGGCGGAUCUUCGGCUCGUUGAGGCUGCAGACCUGAAAGUCGAUGAGAAGGCCCUCACCGGCGAGCCGGAUGAUGUGUCCAAGAACACGAAGAUCAAGGAGCAGACGAAGUUGACGCCCGAAAACAUGGUCUUCUCCGGAUGCCCGGUGGCCAAUGGAAAGUGCAAAGGCAUAGUGGUUGCCACUGGGAUGAACACGCGUAUCGGCGAGAUUGCCAAGAUGAUGGCGAAGCAAGACGAGGAGGGUGGCAGCAGCGGCUGGUGUGACUGCCUGCCCACCUCGGCCGAGAACAAGACACCUCUCCAGGAGAACGUUGAGCGACUGGGCGCACGCAUCGGCGUCCUGGCCAUCGCUGUCUGCGUGGUGGUGUUUAUUAUCGGCCUGCUCAUCGGUACCAAGGAUCCUGAGUUCCCAGAGAGCCCCAGUUGGGUCUACAUGAUCCUCAUUGCCGUGACCUUGGCCGUUGCUGCCAUUCCAGAAGGCAUCCCACUUUGCGUAACCAUCUCGCUUGCGAUCGGCUGCCAAGAAAUGGUCGAGAAGAACGUGCAGGUACGCAAGAUCGCGGCAGUGGAAACCCUGGGCUCGGCUUCGGUGAUCUGCAGUGACAAGACCGGGACACUGACUGAAGGAAAGAUGACCAUGACGAAGAUGUGGUCCUGUGGCGUGGAGUACAACAUCACCGGCCAAGGCUUCGAUCCCACGAACGGCCAGGUCCAGCGCGUGGGCAUGCUCCUGCCCAACGGGGUGAACUCCAACCGCGACCUGGGCGUGCGAAGCACCCUGCUCUCUGCCGUCCUCUGCAGUGACACGGUGCUCUUCCUGGCCGAGGAUGAGGAGACGGGUGAAGCGACGUGGCAGUACCGGGGCAAUUCCUCCGAGGCUCCUAUCGUCGUCGCCGCCAGGAAGAUCGGCCUGCCUGAGGAUGUGACGAAGGGCUACCGCCGUCUUGUGAACAUCCCCUUCUCCUCCGCGCGCAAGAUGAUGCUGACGGUCUCCGAUGUCACGGGGCGCACGAGCUUGUGCGAUGGUGGCAUGCCCUUGCCCCCCGGUACCACCGGCUUUACCGUCUGCAAAGGCGCCCCGAACUGGGUGAUUCAGAGCUGCAGCAGCAUCCUUCGAGAGGAUGGUGGUGUGUAUGCCCUUAGUGAGGAGGAGAAGGCGCGCAUCAACGCCGGGGUUGUGGACGCUUACUCCGACCAGGCCCUAAGAGUCCUUGCCGUAGCCGUUGGCUUCAGGGCAGAGCCCACGGCACAGUUGGAGAACGACGACGUACCACUAGACGACAAGUUCAACAUGCUGCGGUCCAACUUGACUCUCGUCGGCAUGGUUGCAUCCCUGGACCCGGACCGCGAGGGUGUUCGGGAGUCGGUGCUGGGCGCCCGGGAAGCGGGCAUCCGAGUCGUCAUGAUCACUGGGGACUACCUGAAGACUGCCACGGCCAUUGCAAGGCGGGUAGAGAUCCUUCGGCCGGAGGACAAUGUGGCGGAAGCAGCAGUGGACUGCAACUCCCUGCGUCCGCGCGACGAGACCUACCUGCCAGCAGACCAGAUGGACGAUAUUACCAGCCGAGUUCGUGUCUUUGCCCGAGCCAAGCCGGCCGACAAGCUGGAGAUCGUGGCCAAGGGUGCGGCAGAGAUGAUAUUGACCGAUGACAACUUCACCUCCAUCGUGAAGGCCGUGGAGAAAGGGCGGUCCAUCUACGCAGGCAUCCAGAAGCUCCCUUGGUUCGUGGCCUUCAUCAUGUCUGUCCACAUUGCCGAGGUCAUCCAGAUCUUCUUCUGUGUCGUCGUCUCUAUGCCUCUGAUGCGCACACCGCUUCAGAUUCUCUUCCUGAUUCUCGUCACAGACCUGCCGCCCUCCAUUGCCUUGGGCAUGGAGCCCGGCGAGAGGAAUAUUCUGCAGCAGCCGCCUCGGCCGAAGAAUGAGCCAAUCGUGCUGGGAUGGAUGUGGGUGAGCAUCUUGCUGAACGGCUUCGUGCUCUCGGCGGUCAUCAUCGCGGUUUACACCAUCUCCCUGCAUCACUACCUCGGCGUCGUGUUUCUGGAUGAUAUCCUUAAGGCCAAGGAAGAAGGAGAAGCGCAGAAUGACGUCGACGAUCAGCUUGCGAAGGCUAGGACUGUGGCCUUCAUCUCCCUGGUCUUCUGCGAGAAUGUCCGUGCCUACAUCUGCAGAUCCUUCAGUCAGCCUGUGUGGGUGGAUUUGUGCACCAACCCGGUGAUGCAGAAGGCGGUUCUGGUGGCACAGGUGGCCAUGUUCUGCGCCGUGCUCAUCCCCUUCUUCUCCGACCAGAUCCUCGGCCUGGAUGGCCUCCACAUUGGCGCCUGGGGCUGGCUCUUCUCCCUCUCAGGACCUGCCGCCACGCUCGUGCUUUGCGAGCUGAGCAAGCUUCUGACCAAGUGGCAGAUGAAGAAAUACCAGCGGCAGGCGCGAGUUUGUGGCUCUAGGUCUCAGGCCUUUCAGGUUUCAAUUUUUAGGCCCGGGCUUGGAAUGAAUUGGCAUGAGGGUCACAGGCACCCGGGAGUCGAAAUCGGGUGGCUCCAACAUUAG